CCCGGCCCGGCGCCUGUCACAUGGCUAAACAGGGGUGGAGAGGCUUCAGUUUGCCGGUCAAAUACCUGACACCGAUGUAAAAGUAGUUUUCGGCUGAAAGUGAGGUCGUUAAUUACGGGAAAGAGGAACACAAACCUGGUACAAAGGUCAGCGAACCGUGUGACUGGCGCCCGCAGCCAAGUUUCACUUCUUGGUUAGGUUUUCUCUCAGAUCUGUUGCUGAAAACAUAACUUGUUUACGCGACCGGUGGUGAUAAAACGAAAGCAAGGAGGACACUUUAAGCUGACUCACGGACUGGAGGCCGGGCUGGAUCCCGAGUAGAUCCUCCAUGGGUUGACCCUUCACGGUCUGAAGAUGAUCGGGUCACCGGACCUGCUUGCCUUUACCGGCACUGAGGGGUUUGGGGAAGGGGAGGAGGACCAGGAGGGUCAGAGUCUACCAGAAGAGCUCUCUGUCCCCCUUUUACCUCCAUCUAAUCCCUGGACCAGCUCGGCCCGGUUUCAGAGAGACUUCAUCCUGGUGGCUGAGUUCUCAGAGCAGUUGGGGCCCAAACCUGUGCUGACGAUACCAGACGACCCCAGAGUCACUGGAUCAUUCGACCUCGACCACUUCUCUGUCCGCAUUAUGUCUGUGGACUAUCAGGCGUCCGGCCCGUGCCACACCCCUCCUGCAUCCCCCGGCCCCCGCCUCAACUUCAGCGAAGACUCUAAAGUGGUUCUGGGAGAUUCGGCAGAGGAUGCGUUUGCGUACGUUCACCAUGUGACCCUGUACGACCUGGAGGCUCGGGGCAUGGUGCGACCUUUCUGCAUGGCGUACGUGUGUUCAGCCCAAAGGAAGCUGAUGGAGAACUUCUCUGAGCUGUCGACCAGCUUCUCUCAGGCCUCCGACAGCCUCAAGACGGGAAACAGACAAGCAUUUUCUAUCGAGCUGCAGAGAAAAUUACAGGAGCUUGAGUACACACGGUCGACGCUGCUAAAGGAGACCGAACCUCCGAGUAUGACAAAUGGCUUCCCAGAGGAGGGAGAAAUAGCCGAUGAGCGUGAAGCUUUAGACCGUUCAAUCUUAAAUCAUAGAGACCUCCUGCGCCAGGUGGCUUCCUAUCCAAACAGGAAGCUGAAACAGCCUGACUUCUUGCCUUACGACCCAGCUGACUCCCUCUCUGAUCCGACUGUGUUGCCCCCCUUUGAGCCCUGUCCUCCAUCCCCUGCCACCACCUCCUCCAACCCCAGCAGGUCUGAGCGCCCCCUGAAGCCUCUGCAGGACCUUUGCAAUGACUACUUCCUGUCGCUGAUGAAGGAGCAGCUCGCUGACACAGAACGCCGUCUCCGUGGUGACAGGAGCAUGCUGCGAACAGCCCGCGUCGCACGAUCGCUGUCCAAGAGGCUCCCGCUUAUCAACUUCCUGUUCGAGCUGUGGAGCCCAGAGGACGGAGAUGAUGAUGAGGAGAGGGAGAGCACUGAGGCAAAGCUGCAGAGGGCGACAGGGAGUAAGAGCAGCGUCGAGUUGUUCCAAUCAGACCCAAUGAGUCUGGAUUCAUUCUGCUCCUGUGUGGAGGAAAUCCCCAUCAAACUGGAGGCAGGAGAAGCUGGGACAGUGAGUCCAGACCUCGAUGUUGGCACAGAGAUGACAGGAAGUGUGAGCAGUGGCGACAGCAUCGAAGUGCUCGGGACUGAGAAAUCUUAUCGGACGCAGCAUGCUGUCACUGAAUCUGACAGCAGAGAAACACCAGUCGGGAUGACGGACACCUCUUACAGGCGAGCUGUGGUAGAUCCUAGCGUCAGGCGUGUGCGAGCGUACGCAAGACGAGCCAACAGUGAGGACAGCAUCGAGGUACUGAGCACCACCGAGUCCAUCUUCCCCGACGACCUCACCGCCAUCACAGAAGAAGAGGCAGAGCACCAACCUGUGACUAACGGCUUUGAGAACGAGGAGAUAGUGACGGAGUGUCAAUCUGACGACAUCCUCAAAGAGGAGAAGAUGUUGAAUGCAGCUAUUUUAGUAAAUGAGGAUGAAAAUGAAGAGCCUGUUCAGGAAGAUGAUGGUCAUGUUGACCGAGACAACAACUUAAAGAAAAAAUCUGUCGGUGGUGAAAUUAUAAUUAAAGAGGAGCAGGUCUUUAAAAGUUUGAAGAGCAGUCAGGCCUAUGAAGAAAACAGCACUGAUAGAACGUCCGAACCACUGCAAGCUGAAGAAGCAGCGGUGUGGUCGGUGCCUGACCUCCGUGUACAGUUCGCCCCUCCUGUCGCUCAGGCUGAGGCUGAGCUGUGGUCUCCGCCCUCCGCUCCUCUCAGGUUGCUGAGCGUCGACGAGGCGUCUGACUGCUUCAGCUUCACCUGCUCCUCCGAACAGCCCUCUCCCACACAAAAUGUCCACAGAAACCCGCGCUCACAUCAGAAGAGGAGGAGGAAGGCUGGACUCAGGGCCCUCAGGUUCCUCAAACAGAACUCGUUCUCCCAGCAUGCCGUGUUUUGUCUCCUGAGUGGCCGGCCGCUGGUCGUCAUCGGAGGAGAUGAGAGUUUGGUCAGAAAGCUGGUGGAUGCUCUGAGUCUGUUCCUGCCGGCUCCUGGUCCCGAUGACAACGCUGUGAUGCCGUGUUUGACCAUGCCGCUUCAACUGACUGACCUGCUCACCUGGAGACUGAUGGGAAUACACAGGUCAUCCUCCAGCUCUUCAGUCAGCAUUGUUCACUCUCUGACCCGCUACAGUCGUUAUCUGGCGCUGUUGGACCUUGACCAGAGGACGCUGCGUUGUCCGUCAUACUCCGGCUCUCUCAUCGGCAGACUGGCUAAUCCUCAGACUAGCAUCAGCCGAGGCCUCACCUACCUGCUGCACCUGGAGAGCUGCCUGACCACACUGGCUAACCAGGCUCUGCUGUACACGUUUUAUUCUCUUUCACAGCGUCCUAACGCUGCUGGAGGGAACGAUGGCACAGAAGGAAAGGACUUCCUGUUUAAGCGAAGAUUCUGCAGCAGUGAGUACGAUUUGACGGUGAUGUAUUUCCUGAGCGACCUCAUCAAACAGCACCACGCAGGACGUGGACCACCGGUUUUAAGAUUUGCUUACAGCUCAAUGCAGCUUCACAGAAACACAUAUGCAGCAUAAACACUGGAUGGACAAAAACAAUGAGCUCAUCAUAAAGAUAGUCUAUUAUAGCUUAAACCAAAUGCACUGAUUUCUCUGUAAGUUUGACUGAUGCAGAGUUCUGUUGUCUGCCACUGAAGAAUCACCCUUUGGUUUUUAUCUGAAGUGUUAAAUGUGUGUUUAUGCAUGAUUUUUACUCCACGUUGCUGAGUCAUGAACACAAAUGCACUAGUGCCUCACUGGCACCAAAGACUUUUACAUGCCGUCAGCCUCAACAGAUCAUGUUUUAGUUUUUUAAAUUUGUGAUUUUAGAAAUGAAGGCUUGUUACUGAAUCACAUGUGAACUCUGUUAUUUAAAAAAAUUGAGCCACAUAUGAACACUGUAUAAUUUAAGCAGGCAAAAAAAAAAUACUCCAUACUCCAAAAAUACACCAGCAUGGUGUAUUGUACCAGUUGCUUGUAGUUUUUGGAUCUCAUUGGCCCAGAACUACAUGGCCUUUUAAUUAUUUACUUUUAUAAACUUGAAUGUAACUAUUGCUGUGUAUUUUUACAUUUAGUUACAGUGAAUAAUAAUAAAAAGUUCAUAUUUAGUGA